AUGCUACCAUCACCAAGUGCUUCUUUCACCCUGCCUAGUUCGCAUGACAAUCUGGAAAUCGACUGCAGGCUGUACUUCCCUCGACCAAGGGCUCAGAACCGCGAGGCUGAAGGAGAAACAUACGUCAAAGGUUGUGCUAUCUUCGCCCAUCCAUACGCGCCUUUAGGAGGUUGUUAUGACGAUCCUGUCGUUCAAUCUGUGGGCUCGUUACUUCUGAAGCAGGGCUUCUUGCUCACCACAUUCAAUUUUAGAGGUGCCGACAAAUCCCCAGGUCGGACUUCUUGGACGGGAAGGGCUGAGGUUGGUGACUAUGUGUCUCUGUACAUAUUUACAUUAGCUUUCCUUAAUGCGCCUCACAUCGUGGAGCAGAUGACUCAUGGUUGUCCAUUGUUGGUCUUGGGAGGCUACUCUUAUGGAAGCAUGGUCGCAGCUCAUCUACCAGGAAUUGACACGAUGCUCAAGGCUUUACAGCAUGCAGAACUCGGCUCCGCUACGCACGAGAUCAAACAAAGAGCGAACGAGCUUGCCCAAACCUUUCUUGACUAUUGUGAGGCACAGCGAGACGUGAGGCUUUCGAGCAAUAAAGCUCAUAACGAGCCUUCUCUGCAGGGCACAACUUUCGGCGGCUAUGAAUCACCUGCUGCAGCUCAGAAGAUCACGAGAGACGCACAACGUGGUAUGAGCCUUGAUGUUGAUAGAGUCCGACAUAGUAUUGACAAAAUCCGACACAAGAUUAGGAACGAAUCGACCACUUCCCGAGCAAAUGAUCCCAAACAGCAAUCCGAUAGAACGAGAUUCGAUCCACAGGACAAGAAAUUGAGUGCCAUAAUUGGCAGUCAUACCACAGACACUCGGCAGGCCUUGAGUAGUGUACCGAGCCUGGUUGUGUUUGGAAGUGCUGACCACUUCACAUCUUCGAGGAAGGCUAGAAACUGGUGCCAGGCGAUCAAAGAAAAACCCGGGUCGAAGCUACAGUUUCAUGAGGUUGCGGAAGCUGGUCACUUUUGGCAUGAUGAAAACAUCGGAUCUAUGAUGAGGAAACUGGCAGCAGACUGGCUCCAGGCUAUACUCGAACAGCAGCGAACAGCUCUUGGCUGA